AUGUCCACCGAAGACUACUCCAACAUCCCCACCCCCGAAGCCGCCUACGCAGACUUCUGCCUCAUCCCCGUCGGCACCGGCAGCGUCUCCGUCGCCAACGAGGUCGCGCAGGUCCAGCGCCUGCUGAAAGCGAGCGGGCUCAAGUAUACCAUGCACUCGGCCGGGACCACCGUCGAGGGAAGCUGGGACGACGUCUUCCGCGUCAUCGGACAGGCGCACUCUCUCGUCCACCAGAGCGGCGUCGUGCGGAUCCAGUCUUCGAUGCGCGUCGGCUCGAGAACGGAUAAGAAGCAGUCUGCCGCCGACAAGGUGGCACGUGUGGAAGGCAUCCUGGCUCAAGACCAGUAA